AUGGCGACCCACUGCUGUGCACCGACGGUGCACGUUGUGGUUGCUCCGCAAAGGCGCCGGCCAUCCGCCGCGCCUCGUGGCCGGCGAUCACUCACAUGUCGUGCAGAGAUGGGCCCCGAGGACAGGGAAGAGGCAUCGCAGCACUUUGGCGCCCCAGGCGCCAGCGGCACCCCGGCGGGCCACAGCAGCAGCAGCGCGGCGCCCAGCAAUAGCGGCAGCAGCAGCAGCUGGGAGUGGGACAACGAGCAGCCCAUCAUUUUCUCCCCUGACAUGGACAUGCCGCCCGUGCUGGUGCAAGAUUGGCGCGCCUUCCGCGCCCGCCUCGUCGCCAUGGAGAGCGGGCAGGCGGCGCGGGCAGCCAGCCUGCAACUGGGCCGCGAGGAGCGGUGGGCGCACGUGCUGGCGCAGCCCGAGCGCGGCUGCCUGCUGGUGGCGCGGCCGCGGCCGGGGCUGGGCAUGUUUGCCAACACGGUCAUCCUGCUGCUGGAGCACGACGACCGCGAGGGCUCCUCGGGCCUGGUCAUCAACAUGCCCACGCCGCUGCUCAUCUCCAACCUGGGACUGGAGGAGGACAUCGCGGACGCCUUCCGCCAGUGCCCGCUGUUCAUCGGCGGGCCCGUCACCAAGAACCUGCUGCACGUGCUGCACGCGCGGCGGGAUGUGGAGGGGGCGCUGGAAAUCAUUGAGGGCGUGUUUGCCGGCGGCGUGGAGUCGGCCAGCGAGCUGGUGCGGCGGGGCGAGGCCUCCCCCAAGGACUUCAUGCUGCUCUCGGGCUACAGCGGCUGGGGCCCCGGCCAGCUGCAGCAGGAGCUGCGCAGCGGCACAUGGAUCCCGGUGGCCGCCAGCCAGGCCGUCAUCAUGGACUGCCUCAAGGAGAGCCUGGCGUGGAACCCUCACCCCGCCAACCCGCUGUCAUCCCCGCUCAUCGGCAGCAGCGGCAGCACGGGGCUGGCCCCCAACAGCGAGGACGUGAAGCGCAUGUGCUGGCAGCGGGUGCUGUGGCGGGCGGGCAUCGAGCCCCACAUGCUGGGCAUGCUGCACUGCCCCAACAUCAACUCUGUCCCCCACAACCGCAACCCUUUGUUGCUUGCCCUGUGUGGUCCCCCCACCCUCUUCUCCCCAGACUUGCCCGCCGCACUAGCGCCUUCCGAUUUUCCCACCCCUGCCGCCUAUUGGAUGCACUUCUCUGCCGCUGUAGGGGGCGCCCGCUCCCGCCCCAUUGGGCGGGGGCGGGCCCCUGGGCUUCCACCAGUGUACCUCAUGCUCUUCCCAGUAAUUUCACACGUCUUCUGCAUCACACCCCAGGCCACAACACAGCUGCUCCGCUGGGCAGGCAGGCAGGCUGAAGCGUGCAGGCAGCCUCCUGCGUGGCUGGUUCUGGGUAACUGCUGGAACGUGCCCAUGCUGUGCCAGUGCAGCAUCCAGUUCUUCAUGCGGUUGACCAGCGCGUGGAACCCCUCGCUGCUCCACCACAUGUCUGCGCGGGCGUCAAAGCGCAGCAAGCUUGGUUGGGCGCGCUGGCUGUUCUCAAUAGCAGCAGGGACUUAUAAGGCAUUUCGAAGCGCUAACCAGGUGCGGGUGGCAGGGAGGCGAAUAUUGGCUUUCGAGGUGGAUCGGAUGGGCGCCUGGGCACCCUCAGACCACCCCAAGGGAGGCUCCCGGCACCCAAAGCCGCUCCUGGAUGAGAACCCCGACCGCUACUGCAUGUUCCCGCUGAAGGAGGACCGUGUAUGGAGCCAGUACAAGAAGGCCGAGGCGAGUCGGCCGUCUGGGCAGGCUCCAAACGAUCCUCUCUGCAUGGCUCACACCACGUUUUGGACCACGUUUUGGACGGCCGAGGAUGUAGACUUCAGCAGCGACGCCCGCGACUGGCAGGAUCGGCUGGCGCCGGGGGAGCGCUCCUUCCUUUCCUCGGUGCUGGCCUACCUGGCGGCCUCGGACCGCCUCAUCCAGCACAACGUCGUGGCCCGCUUCAUGAUUGAUGUGGAGCUGGCCGAGGCCAGGGCCUUCUACGCUUUCCAGCUGUUCAAGAAGAAUGUUCACACGGAGAUGGUCAGUGCAAUCCUGGCGGCCCUGUUUGCUGGCAAGGAGGAGCAGCUUGCGGCCGUGCUGAGGACUGUCCUGGCGCUGCCCGCCUUUCAGGCCAAGGCCGCCUGGGUGCGCAAGUGGAUCAACAGGCAAGCCACCGCCGCUGCUGCUCUGCCGCCGCUGCUGCUGCCGCGCGGCCUGCUGCCCGGCACGGGCCACGCCACCGACCUGAUCAGCAGGGAUGAGGGCGUCCAUGUGGAGUCUGCCGGGGUCAUGUACUCGCUCCUGCGCUCCAAGCUCACCGACAGCCAGGCGCAGGGCAUCGUGGGGGAGGCGGUGGAGGCUGAGCGCGCCUUUGUGUGCGGCCAGCUGCCGCUGGAGGCAACUGGUCUGGAGGCGGGCGCCAUGGAAGAGUACCUGCAGUACGUGGGGGACCGCCUGCUGGGCGCGCUGGGCCACGCGCCGCUGUACCGCGUCGCCGCCAACCCCCUGCCCUGGCUGGAGGGCAUCGCCAUGAAGUGA